AUGGAUCCAUUAGGACCAUUCUUGAAUGGGAGAGAAGUGCCCAAGUUCGAGAUGCUGAGUUACUUCUAUGAUUUUGAUGGGAAGGAACUUGGUGCAUGUCAGAAAUUGCAUUCCAUCAAGUCUUACGAUGGCAACAAGGCGAUCACAUCCCUACCAUGUUUUCCAGUCAUCUACUGGAAAGCUUCUCGGGGGCUGAAACCUCGCGAUCUCUUCAUUGAAAGAGGCAGACGAUUUAUCGAGUUGACGCGCAAAACGGACGUCGUGCAUAAGAGGUAUGAUGGUCGGACUCUGGCCAUGGAUGAACUUAGAGAAGAGGUCGACUCUGAAGUGAUAAUAGAUGUCAGUAUGGCUUUGUUAAAGAACAACUUGAUUAUAGUUUGGGGUCUUGCAGAAGAGCUGGAGCCAGACCGCCGCGAAACUUUGGAGUUCCUAGAUCCCAGGUGCUCGCAGGAGGGAUGUUGCCAGAAUUCUCCGAUUCACAGAGACGACGAAGUAGAUCGAAAGCGUAAUGUCAAAAUGCUAGAGAACAAGGGCUUUAUGCGCGACUUCAUUGAGUCCGACAACGAGCUGACCGAAGAAGACUAUCUAGUGUGCCCCUGUUGGGUUUAUGGCUAUGUGCUGAGGAGUCGCAAAUGGGUGAAGCUGGAGGUAAGCCUGGUCGAAGAUAUCAAGGAUCGCGGGAGCGGCUUCGACUCUCUGGUCCUUCCCGACGGGCACAAAGAAACCUUGCUGGCUCUAGUCCAAACUCACUCUAAGGGCAAAAAGCUCGAGAUCGGUCUCAAGGCAGAGAACCGGCAGAUGGACCUCGUGCGUGGUAAAGGUAAGGGUCUGAUCAUCUUGCUACACGGGGAGCCUGGUGUGGGAAAAUCAUCCACUGCCGAGUCUGUAGCAGAAUUUACGCGCAGACCACUAUUCCAAGUCACGUGUGGUGAUAUUGGCGAGUCUGCAGACGAGGUUGAGAGGAGGCUGGAGAAUCACUUUCAGCUCGCUCACAAAUGGGGUUGUGUCUUGUUAUUAGACGAAGCCGAUGUGUUUCUUGAAGCGAGGAGUAAGACUGAUCUCAAACGCAAUGCAAUUGUCUCGGUGUUUCUCAGAGUUCUCGAAUACUACUCCGGCAUUCUCUUCCUCACCACCAACCGUGUUGGGGCCUUUGACCAAGCUUUCCGUAGUCGGAUCCAUAUGAGCCUCUUCUAUCCUCGGAUCGAGGAAGAUGCAACCAUCAAGAUCUGGGAGAUGAACAUCGACCGGGCUCGCGAGAUCUGGGGCGACAAGCUCUCCAUCGACGAGGUCGAUCGCAAGGGUAUUCUCAAGUUCGCGUCUAAGCAUUACAAGGAACUGGCGGAGUCGGAAACCACGUGGAACGGCCGACAGAUCCGUAAUGCCUUUCAGACUGCCAUCGCCCUGGCGGAGUGGGACGCUUAUCAAAGCCAGCUCAAGUUCAAGUCGCCAGUCCCGCUCAAGCCGAGGCUAGAACCGGGGCAUUUUGAGCAGGUGGCGAAGGCGUCGAAGCAUUUCGACGCGUAUCUGAAGGAGACUCAGGUUGGAACUAUGUCGGAUUUGGCGAGCGAUAAUCGUGAGCGCAGGGACGACUUCCGCGGAGUGAAGUCUUGA